AUGCCCCUCAAAUUAAUUUUUUUAUUAUCCCCCCUAAUUAAUUUAAUUAACCCCCAACCCUUCUUUUGGCCUUUUGAUGAGGAGGGCUAUGUUCUUGAUUAUUUCCAUUGUUCUGGAAAUGGACAGGCUUCUUAUUCUCCUUCAGAGAAUGUAGGAAGUACUUCGUAUUCUGUCCCUGGAGCAUCCCCUCCUAAUUGGGGAACGGAAUACGAAUUUGAAAAUAGAAAGAUUUAUUGGAAUGAUAUCUAUAAUAAAUUGGAGGUAAAUUAA